AUGUCUGAACCAAUUACCACCUCUCAAACGGCCGACAGCGCCACCCUGGCGCUGCUUGGAAAGAAGCAGGUCUUGAAACGACGCUUCUCCUUCUUCUCCAUGUUCGGUUUCGCGGUCUGCGAGCUGAUCACAUGGGAGACAGUCCUAGCACUGUUCGCCCAAGCAUUGAACAACGGUGGUCCAGCUGGAGCGGUAUACGGCUUCAUCAUUGCCUGGCUCUCCACGAUGUCAGUAUAUACUGUCAUUUCCGAGCUUGCAUCGCUUGCACCGAUUGCUGGAGGCCAAUACUACUGGGUGUAUAUGCUGGCGCCUCCAAAAUACAAGAGAAUAUCCAGCUACAUCGUGGGCUGGCUCACGAGCUUGGCCUGGAUAGCUACUGUAGCCACAGAAACAUUGUUCGCGGGGACGAUGAUACAAGGCGCCCUCACUCUAGACUACCCAGGUUAUGACGGCAAACUAUGGCAUGGCACUUUGUUGACAUGGGCCGUAAUGUUGGGCUGCAUCUUUAUCAAUGUUGUGAUCCCCAAUUGGCUCCCACGAUUUGAGGUCUUCAUCCUGGUCUUCCAUCUCGCCGGAUUUAUCGCCAUCUUGGUGACGCUAUGGGUCAUGACGCCCUCCUACAGCCCAUCGCACCUCGUCUGGGCCACCGCAUUGAACGAAGGUGGUUGGCCCGCGCAAGGACUAUCCUACUGCGUCGGCUUUCUUGGGAAUGUAGCUACGUUCGUCGGUGCCGAUGCCAGUGUCCACCUUGCCGAAGAAGUCUCCAACGCAGCAGUCAACAUCCCCAGAGCCAUCAUGGGUGCCAUGCUGAUCAAUGGCUCUGUGGGCUUCAUCAUGAUUGUCACAAUCUUGUACUGCAUCGGCGAUAUCGAAACUGUCUUGGACACCGCUACUGGAUUCCCAUUCAUCCAGAUCUUCUACGACAGCGUUCGAAACAUUGCCGGAGCGACUGUGAUGCUGGCUGUAGUGAUCGCCUUGACUUGGGCCUGUGCCACCGGCAUCACCACUACAGCAUCGAGAAUGACCUGGUCCUUUGCACGAGAUCGCGGCUUACCCUUCUCGAAAUACCUUGGCAGAGUGUCGCCCCGAACGAAGGUCCCUGUAAUUGCUGUGCUGACUGUCACGGCAAUUGCGGCGCUCCUCACUCUCAUCUACAUCGGCUCAGCGACCGCCUUCAACGACGUAGUCUCCCUGACCAUCACUGGCUUCUAUGGCUCGUACUUCCUCCCAGCAGCCUUGCUCCUUUACCACCGCAUCAAGGGCAAUGUCCUCCCUCACGGAACCGAGAUCGAUACAUUGCCCGCCGAAUCCCAAGCAGGCCACGACAAGAAGCCCAUCAACACCGAGCAGACAUCUCAAAGCGACUCAGAAGAGGUCGUCAACGCACGCCUCGUGUGGGGUCCCUGGCGAGUUCCUGGCAUUCUCGGUAUUAUCAACAAUGCCUACGCCUGCGUGUACAUGAUCUUCGUGAUCUUUUGGUCGGUCUGGCCUCCGGACUAUCAUGUCACUGCUUCAACCAUGAACUAUUCGAUCGUCGUGACUGCAGGUGUCAUGAUAUUGAGCGGUAUUUGGUACUGUAUCGGUGGAAAGAAGCAGUACAAGGGACCUCUUAUCGACGACGAGGUCGCUGCUGUGAUGAGGGUUGGCUCGGUCGUUGCAGUGCAGUAG